GGGCGCUCUCUGACUCGAGCUAUGUUUGGGAUCUCUACUCAGGGCUCUUUGCAUUGAGUGAGCUGGAGAUCACGGUGCGGACUCCUUCACUUUCUGAGGACCCCCCGCCCGCCGGAAAGCAGGUCGAACCGUGUUCCCUCCCCCUAAGUGACAGCCCAGGACUGUCCAAGAGCAAAGUUAAUGUGCAGCAAGGAGUCCUUUGCCACUGCAAAGAAUUAACCUGGACUAACACGGGCUAUGGGAAGGAUCCAGCUAGAAGUCCUCUGGAACUCCUGGGAGAAGCCACCACCUGGACUCAGACCUUCUCCUGGAGGACAGCAAGUUUGACAAGUGGUGGCCUUUCCUCACUUCUCCUGUCCUGGUGCUGUGUUUUGGAAGGUCUGCAUGGUUUUUUGAGAAGGGUUUACACCACAACCCUGGCAUUAUUUCUGGAUAUAAACAGCUGGGGGCACUGGCCUCUAAUUAUUAACUUUCUGGAUGCCCCUCUCCAAGAUGCCUGGCUGGGUGAUCUUGCCCAUCACCCUCCCAGCCUUCACCAUCACUGGGAUGUGGAUAGUGUACGCCAUGGCGUUAUCAAACAACCAUAUAUGUCCUGUAUCAAACUGGGUCUAUAAUCACACCUGUGACUUGUUGGAGGAUGGGCUAUGCUGCACAAUGGAUCACAUACCACUUGUGAGUAAAUGUGGAAAUCUUCCUCCGGAGAGCUGCUUCUUCAGCCUGAUAUGCAGUUUGGGCGCCUUUAUGGUAAUGCUCAUUGGUCUUCUUAGAUAUGCCUUUGUGAUUGAGCGGUACGGCCCAUCCUUACUGAACACUGUUGCAUUUGCGUUGGGAUGGAUUUGUGCUGCUGGCCUUUCCAUGGUUGGUAGCUUCCAGGUGGAUCACGCCAAGGUGCUACAUUAUAUUGGGGCAGGUGUUGCAUUCCCGACCAGCAUGCUGUUCAUCUUCCUUCAGUCCAUCCUGACAUACCGCAUGGCGCAUGCUCAAUGGUAUUGUUGGAUUGGGCAUGUUCGCUGUAUUCUUACCCUGUUCGGUUUAAUCAUUCUUGUUCUCAGUGGUGUUCUCUUUAUUCAAGAAGGUUUCAUUUUGCAACAUUUAGCUGCUCUCUGCGAGUGGGUCUUCAUCAUCAAUGUCCUCAUCUUCUACGGAACAUUUGCCUUCGAAUUUGGGGCAAUAUCGACGGAUACGUUCCUAGUUCUACUCAAAGCUAGCAGGGCUCCAAAGAGCUACAAGGCAGGAACCAGCACUCCGGCCACUCCUCAUGCCCAUAGUACAUCUGAGAACAUGGCCAUGAUUUGACCUCACGGGAGUAUAUUUGAACAUUCUAUGCAACUCCUUGGCCCCUUUUGAUCCUGCAAUGCAAGAGAACAUUUCUCUAUCCAUCAGGGACAGUAAUCACAAAGGGCUCUUUACCUAAAUGACCAAAAUAUAAAAAAAUCCAAAUAAAUAUUUCAGUUAUUCUAGAGAGGAUUUUUAUGUUGAAUAUUUUGAAGCUGAUGGAAAGGUAUAAAAAAAAUGUAUGUAUAGGGCAUUAAAGCAUAAGCCUUAAAAAGAAAAAAAAAUGUAUAUUUUUUAUAUAGCAUAUUUCUAUAAUCAAGAGAUUAUCUGAGAAUGAUCAGCAGGCCAAAGUUAUUUCAUGUCAAGUACGUAGAUUGGAUUUAGUAUAAAGUGUUUUGAUGCUUUUACAAUGUAUUUUUUAUUUCCAAAAACUCAUGCUUCGUUUAUUGUAGAUGCACAGUGGUUAGUAGGGUUGUCAGAUCACCCUGUAUUUUCCUAGUCAUUUAUGAUUUCUGCAUUCUCUUGUUCAGGGCGUAUUAGCUAUAUCCGGCAGUAUGUGGUAUUAAUGUGCUCCACAUGUAAAAUUUGUUAAAGGAACACUCCAGUUGAAUCAAAAUAUAUUUUUUCAACAAUUUGGUAAAUGUACCUCCAUUAAAAAUGUGAGUAUUUUACAUUUUGGUUAUAUCUAAAAACAGUUUGCGAAAGCUGCCGAUCCCUUGUCUGCCUCCUUUGCAAGCCCUCCCUUUCUAACUCCGCCCAGACUUUCUGUGGCUGUCCAAUCAAACUUAGUAAUGCAGCUCAAUUAGAAGUCUUUGCAAGGCAGAUGCUCUGAGCAAUUGCUGCCUUUUGAGCUUAGCUCCACUGAGCUAACCAAACCAGGAAGUGAAAGGACCGGUUGUCUGACAGCCAUGUGGUUGUAACAAGGUUAAUUUAAAAGUGUCAACUCUCAUUAAAAUCUCCAAUUUGUAAAAUGAAUAAAAGACACUCUUCAGCAAGUUAAAGUGCUUUAGGUGUUUGGAGUGUCCCUUAUAAUAGUCACAACAGCUCCUGUGAGAUUUCAGCCAUGGGUUUUAGAAUUCCACAUACUGCCAGAUACUCCACGUAAAGCAGAAAUAGUCUGUAUCUCAAAAACAUAGUGGCCUGGCAACCCUAAGGAUGCAGUUUUUUUUUUGUUUUUUUUUUAUCACCUUGAGGCCUUAUAUAUAGUAUAUUGGCAGGAAUGGAGCAUAAAGAUUUGCUUUUGUGAGACUUGGAGCAUUCUUUGUAGUCUUAAAUCCAUUGCUAACAUAAAACCAUAAGGCACACGUCUACAGUAUUAUACUUGAUGUCAAUAGAUAUCUCCUAAAAUAAGUAAGUUAAUUUAAGGGUCUUGGGGAAGACUGCCACUGUAUUCAUAGGGAGAUUAAAUGUAUGAAUUUUGGGUUCCAGCACCAAAGAAAAGUUUAAGGAUGCUGGUAAACAAAGAAUACAUAAAUAUUUAAAUGUAUAUGAAUGUUGAUUAUUGAAUUCUAGAAAACAUGUAUAGCUGUUGUUCUUGUCAGGCGAAGCAUUCUUGUCUCAUGAAAAUGACAUGUCUACUUCUGGUUCUACUCUGUUCCCCCCUCUCCCCCCCUCUUUGUUUCGUUGAACUAAAUGUAUAAUUCUUUUUAGCAUUGUUAUUUUAAAUGCAAGCU